ACUUAUGGAGCCUGGUCUGUCGGGCCGAAUCAGUAGAUCGGUAAUUGUUAUAGGCAUUGUGCAUAGCGUGCGUGUCCGCUUUUGGUCCGUAACUUUGUUUCUGCAAGUUCAAAGCGACUAGCUAGCACGAUCUUGACCACUUGUUUGCCAGUAGUCUUCUCAGGCAGCGUGCUGGUAUCCACUUAACGUACUACACCAGAAGUACAGUUCUGACAAGAGUGAAUGUUUGCGUAGAUGACGGUGUGCAUUUUAGUACUUUGAACGCGGCGGGAUCGAGCGGGGCUUAGAAAAUGAAGCAGAUCAGCGAGCCGCAUCCACCCAGAGCAGAGUUCAUCCAUGUCGAAGAGGAGUGGCACCCAUGCGAGCGAGCAGUAUCCCUCCGUGUAGUGAACACGUGGUUCAGCUGUGGUGACGGCGGUAAUGAAGUUUACGUCACCGAAACCCAGGAAACGUGGGUUGCUGGCGAGCAGUUCUGCCAACGUCAAGGCAGCCAUCUCGCCAGCUUCCCCCAGAUCACGGCAUGCAAGUCAAGUUUACUGUCGUUGCUUGGUCUUGCAGUAGAAGUCCAUACCAGCUACACCAGAUUGCUGGAUGGACUUCACUACCGUGAUGUGGGAAACGUCCUGCAAUUGUCGGACAGUGUCAUUGACGUCAAACGCAUUCCCGACAAUUGCACGGAUACGUUUCUUGGGAACUCAUUACCGCCGGAAGACAGAAGGUGCUCGAUCACCAAUACGGUUGUGUGUGGACGAAAUCCUGCGUAUAUGGAACCAUCAACAGUGUGCGGAUCGUACAAAAUGACGUAUCAUAGCAUCUCGUUCUCAGCUGACGAUGCAAACCGGACGUGUCGCCAACGGUAUGGUGGUUGGCUGUUGUCCACAAACAUGCAGCAGCUCAGCUGCGUCUCUCAGCUCCUGAAUUCGUCUCAGGGGCUGAGAGACAACAACGCCACCACCAUACCCCUCUACACCAGCGGCACGACCGGGUCAGCUGAGUGCGAGGUGUAUUCGCCAUCAAGGUCGGCAGUACUUCAAGACUCCUGCACCGCAGCCAGGCCGACCGUCUGCGUGUCUCGGUACUGCAACGGCAGCGACAACUUGGUGGCGGUACGAAAUGAAGACCGGUGUCAGUGCAGACCCGGUUUUAUCCGUACAUCCGCACACAGCUGCAGCAACAUCCUAUCUACUGUCGGACAAGACGAUUCAAACAUCACUCUGUUCCGUUGGUUUGAGUCCAAGUGGAGAGUGGAGCGUGUCUUCACGAAGCAGAUGGUCACCCAGCUGGCAAACCUCUCAUUGCCUCCAGGCAUGUUUGCCUUCCGAUCUGCUGCGUUGAUCGUCUAUACGUUCUCCACCUCCCUUCAGCCAGCGGACACUGUCGUCGCGGAGCUGGCCCGGAAUGCUUCACUUUUCUUGAGAGUGAACGCCAGCUCUGGCGGCACAGUCUUGUCGACAGUAGGACGUUCUCUGAGCAACUUUACUGUGUGGUUUCGACGGUUUAACUUCAAGUGCUACAACGCGACCAACAUCACCGUCAGCUGUAGCUUCAGCCCGUUCAAUCAGACACUUCGUUUCGAGGACGGGCUGUACGAAGUUGCCGUCUCUCCACACAGUUCUUCUGUACUUAGCGUUCCAGCUCUGUACAGAAUCCACCCAAGACCGACUAGCGCCCCCACUCUGAUGACCAGCCUGCCAUACUCUUCAACAUCAGUCAUGGUGCCUCCAUCGGGCGGAGAAUCCACACCAUCGCUGUUCAGUUCAUCGCCGAGCAGCAGCAAUGCUCCGUCACCGAAGGGCAGCAUGGGUGGCUUGUUUGCAGGCAUUGGCAGUGCUGUGGCGCUACUAGUCGGUCUCCUCAUCCUAGCAUGCGUGGUGCUAGUGAGACGUCGUCGCAAGGGUGGAGUCAACAUCCAAGCUCAGAGAACGGGUCACCUUCAGGAAUUUGGCACUGACUUUCCUUUUCACCAGCGCAUUCGGCUCCACUUUGCGUGGGGGGCAGCCAGGUACCUUCCAUAUGGACCGCCCCCCGCCGCUGACGUGGACGCCAUUGCUGAAGGAGAGCAGUGCUAUCGGGAGUUCUGUCAGAGAUGCACGUGGGACCACCGAGCAACAACCGGCCGCAUGUUGGCAUGUUUUGCGGUGCACCUGGCCCCGUCGACUCCUCUGUCGGCUAUCAAACAAUACAUCACCGAUGUCGCUCUAGCCGACGAGGAGCGCGGGCAGCCAGAUCCCAGAACCUCUGCCACGCUUUUGUCCAAAGUCCUUCAGGAGGUAGGGGGAGCCGGGAAGCCGCCGCAGCUUCCUCUGACAACCACACUGGUCAAAUUGAUCAUCGACCAGCUGUUGGUCAAGGAGGGAGUUGUGGCCGACGACAAGAUCAUGCUCCAGGCGGCAAUCUUGUUAGGCUUCUACGGUUUCCAGUCACUCGACUCCAUCUGCGAGUGCUACCCAAGAGGACAGGGCAUCAGCGCUACUGCGGAAGAUGUUACCCUCGUCAAUCAUCCAAACGGCGAGUGUGUCAUACGCUUUCAAGAAAAGAGUUGGCCGCUCGUCCGUAUUGUCUAUGUCAGCAGAGCCGAGGGGCAAUAUUGCCCAGUGUUUGCCAUGCGCACUUACUUGUCAAGGCGUAAGGCAGACACUGGGUCGCCUGGGCCUCUCUUUCGCUAUCUCUCUGGUUCACCUCUAACUGUCCACCACUUGACCAGAGAGGUACGCGAACUGUUGACGGCGGGAAACAUCAAUCCCGCAAUAGACUUCGGAGGGUACUCGUUCCGGAUCGGUGCGACCACGUCCGCCAUCGUCUCUGGCGCACCUGAUUGGCUCAUCGAUGGUCUCGGUCACUGGGAAGGUCGAAGUGUAAGGAAGUACCGAGACACCGAGCUGGAGGAUCUGCCCGACAUGUCAUCUUUCCUCUACAGGUCAGUCCUGUAGUCGGGUAGGUUCUCUAGUAACCAAUCAGGGGAAUUCCCGGAUUCCUGAGGUGACAGGAUGUGCUGCAGCAUCACCAUCACCAUCAUCAACAUAAAAAAUAAUAAUAAAAAAAUCAUCAUCAUCAUCAACAUCAUCAUCAACAUCAUCAACAUCAUCAUCAACAUCAUCAACAUCAUCAACAUCAUCAACAUCAUCAUCAUCAUCAUCUACAUCAUCAACAUCAUCAACAUCAUCAACAUUGUCAUCAUCCCCGCCGUCAUCCCCAUCGUCAUCAUCAUUAUAAUCAACAUAAUAAACAACAACAAUGUAUAGGAGGCCUUGGUCUAGUCUUUACUAAAUCAAAUUACUAGUGUAAUUAUGCAUUUGCCAGCUAGGCAGCAACAUCAGCAGCAUCAACAGCACCAGCAGCAGCAGCAGAACCCGGCUGAAGCAAUAACAGUAACGGCUUGCUGAAGUGAAAACAGUAACAGAUGUCUGUAGCAGAGAAACUUCCAGCCAGCUCAAGCCAGCUGAAGUAGCAGUGGCCUGCAGUAGCAACAAUAGCAGCAGCCUGCAGUAGCAACAGUAGCAGUGGCCUGCAGUAGCAACAAUAGCAGCAGCCUGCAGUAGCAACAAUAGCAGCAGCCUGCAGUAGCAACAAUAGCAGCAGCCUGCAGUAGCAACAGUAGCAGUGGCCUGCAGUAGCAACAAUAGCAGCAGCCUGCAGUAGCAACAAUAGCAGCAGCCUGCAGUAGCAACAAUAGCAGCAGCCUGCAGUAGCAACAAUAGCAGCAGCCUGCAGUAGCAACAAUAGCAGCAGCCUGCAGUAGCAACAAUAGCAGCAGCCUGCAGUAGCAACAGUAGCAGUGGCCUGCAGUAGCAACAAUAGCAGCAGCCUGCAGUAGCAACAAUAGCAGCAGCCUGCAGUAGCAACAAUAGCAGCAGCCUGCAGUAGCAACAAUAGCAGCAGCCUGCAGUAGCAACAAUAGCAGCAGCCUGAAGUAGCAGCAGGCUGAAGCAGUCAUGAUAACAACAGCCGUGGCAGUGACAAAAACAGUUGGCUGUUCCAACUACCAUACUAGACGGCUUUAGCCGAGACCUUUACGGCUGUAGGACUCAAGACAAAUUCUGGCUGAAUCAGUGGCAAAAACAGCCAGUCCAAGCACUUUAGACAAAUUCUGGCUGAAUCAGUGGCAAAACACAAAUUCUGGCUGAAUCAGUGGCAAAAACAGCCAGUCCAAGCACUUUCUUGUACAGUCGCCUGUACCAGCAACGAUAACCAUAGCAACCGGCUGAAGAAGCGACCAGAGCAGUCGAUUGAAGCAGAUAAGAAAGCAGCAACGAUAAUUGCCGGCUGUUUUGUUGCAAGUUUGCGGAGUUGAGGGUUCGAUGGACUUCUCGUGUACUCUUCAUGGUAGUUAUUAGUUACACAGUGCCAAUCCCAAUGUAUUAUUGUCCAAUAUCUACAAUGCGAACUUAUUUGUCAAGGCGUUUGGCAGACACUGGGUCGCCUGGGCAUCUCUUUCGCUAUUUCUCAGGUUCACCUCUAACUGUACGCAGAUUGACCAGAGAGAUACGCAAACUGUUGACGACAGGAAAUAUCAAUCCCGCAAUAGACUUCGGAGGGUACUCGUUCUGGUGCCGGCUGAAGCAAAGACGGUAAAAGCCGGCUGAGGGAACAACGAUAACUGACGGCUGAAUCAGUGACUACAACAGCCGAGUGUAGCAGAGACGAUAACAGUCGGCUGAUCUAGUGACAAUGACAGCCGGCCGAAGCAGUGAUGCCAAUAGCCGGCCGAAGCAGCGAUGCCAAUAGCCGGCCGAAGCAGCGAUGCCAAUAGCCGGCCGAAGCAGCGAUGCCAAUAGCCGGCUGAAGCAGCGAUGCCAAUAGCCGGCCGAAGCAGCGAUGCCAAUAGCCGGCCGAAGCAGCGAUGCCAAUAGCCGGCUGAAGCAGUAACGAUAACAGCCGGCUGAAGCAGCGAUGCCAAUAGCCCGGCCGAAGCAGCGAUGCCAAUAGCCGGCCGAAGCAGUAACGAUAACAGCCGGCUGAAGCAGCGAUGCCAAUAGCCGGCCGAAGCAGCGAUGCCAAUAGCCGGCUGAAGCAGUAACGAUAACAGCCGGCUGAAGCAGUGACCAUAACAGCCGGCUGACACAGUGAUGACAAACUGAGCCGGCUGAAGAAGCGACCAUACCAGCCGGCUGAAGCAGGGACGGCAAUAGCCGGCUGAAGCAGUGAUUACAAUAGCCGGCUGAAGCAAUGACUCCAACAGCCAGCUGUAGCAGAGACGAUAACCGCCGGCUGAAGCAGUGAUUACAACACCAGCGUGUAGCAGAAACGAUAGCAACCGGCUAAAGCAGUGACGACAAUAGCCGGUUGAAGGCGCGAUGAUAACAGCCGGCUGAAGCUGUGAAGAUAAACGCCUGAGUCAAUGCCUACAACAGCCAGGUGUAGCAGAGACGAUAGCAGCCGCUUAAAGCAAUGACUACCAGAGCCAGCUGUAGCAGACACGAUAACGCACGGCUGAAGCAGCGACGAUGACAGCCGGCUGUAGUAGUGACGAUAACAGCCGGCUGAAGCAGCGAAGACAAUCGCCGAAUGAACCAGUAAAGAUCGCAGCCGGCUUAAACCAUGACUAUAACAGCCGACUGAAGCAGUGACGAUAACAGUCGGAUGUCGCAGGGACUAUAACAGCCGGCUGACACAGUGAUUACAAAAGCCGGCUGAGGAAGCGAAGGUAACAGCCGGCUGAAGCAUUGACGAUGGCAGCCGGCUGAAGCAGAGACAAUGACAGCCGGCUGAAGCAAUGACUACCACAGGCGGCUGAAGCAAUGACUACCACAGCCGGCUGAAGGGGCGAUGACAACAGCCGGCUGAAGCUGUGAUGGAAACAGCCGACUGCAGCAGUUACGAUAACAGUCGGCUGGAGUAACAACAAUAACCGGCUGAAGCAAU